GAGCGGUACACGGAACAAUCAUGGAGGGCAAGACUCCCGAGACACCAAAACCUCUCACGCCUGCUCAAAAACAACUCGUCAAGAGACAGUUGGAGCUCGAGCGCUGGAAGAAACACUCAAAACAGCUCCGAAGUCGUAAUGUGGUCACAGGACUUGCUAUCGGAGCUUUUGUGGUGGGUUUGUUCAGCUACACCAUUAUCUCAGUGAAACAGGAGAAAAUCAUGGAUGAGAUUGAUGGUGAGGCAAAGAUCGUCGUUAUGAAAGGGCCCCGAACCGGGGCAAACUCUUGACCCUUAAAUGUCGUUCUGCAUUUCAUUUAAUGGACUUUCUACUACUGACUUAUGAAAGGGUUGGUCACCUGAUGACAUGGUCUUCUGUCCAGUUCUUUGCAUUUGCUUCUUCUAUUUGAUAUGGUUCUUAUAAACUAUGAACAAUGACAAUGAAAUUAUAGAACAGUGAACUGUUAAUCAGGUGCAUAUUGUUUCAUUAAGGUACGGUGUCAAUAUUUACUCAUGUAAAAAAUUCUUGUAUAUGCUAUUUUAUUUUGUAACUUUUAUCAAACAUAGUUCGUUAGACGGAAGCUUUAGUCUUCAAACGAGCUUUCAAUUGAUUUAGAUUGAACUGAGAAAUAUGUACUUAAUAUUAGUAAAAUUUACCAUUGUUUAACUCUGGUACAGUUGCUAGCCUAUGUAGACUUUAUUUUUGGUAGUAAACCUUAACCACAUAUUUACUUACUGUAGUCGCAGAAAAUACGAUUGUUACACUAUUUUAUUGUUUAACCAUGCGAAGGGGUUACAUCACGUGUCGUUAUUUUGUGUUCAUAUGGAUUCUUUCGGAAAUGUGCAAUUCGUUUUCUUAACGUCCUUGUAAAAAAAAGUCCGUUUUUAGUCGGAGCGGCGCGUUUGUGUUUCUAUCACAAUACCGCUAGGUGGCGGUGUGUGACGUCACAUAAGAAGGCUGGUUUACACAUUUUGUUUACACAGUACACAUGUAUGACUUGAUAAGAAUAGUGCACACUGUGCCUCUCUGCUCCAUCAAGGACAAGAAAGGCACAUUGCUUUCUUAACAAAUAAAAUAGAAAUAUGCAGAUAAUGUGAAAAGUUGCUCGGCUGAGAUUCAGCGUCAGAGAAAUCCGGGUGCACAAAUAAUACUGAAUGACGUCAUAAUGAAAUAUUGUAAUAUUAUUCUCUUUUUUAUCUCUUUACAUUAUCCAAAAGUUAGACAAAAAAGUUGCAAUGUGCCUCUCUGCAAGUUAGGGAUGCAAAUUUGGUAGUACUGUAGCUUGAAAUAUCUGCAUUCGAUGUUCACUUUAAGAAACUAAACUAAACCCAGUGUUUAUUUCUUUUCUUGGAAGAAGGUUAUUCUGUAGAAUCUAUGACUGAACGUAUGCCCUUCAGGCACAGCAAGCACACAGAGAUAACAGGAGGGCAAAAGCAAUGGGGCCGCCAUAUCGCGGCAGUCAUCACCUCACUCAUGUGACCCAUUUCUGCUAUGUGUUUAUAUAUUCUGUCAUGAUCUUAAUGCGAGAUACGGCAAAAGUUGUACAUGGCUGGGUGUGAUUAGUAGAGGGUAAAUACACAGAUGCAUAGCUUCUCACGGGGAGGCAAUGUGUUCAGAAUGAUAAGAGUCCCUCUGGUGAGCAUGUGUCAGAUGGGGCUGUUAGACCCUCAGGCACCAGCAAUGCUGUGUCACGCUUUGGGGGACUAUCUCCUCAACACAAACUUUUCUAUAGCUUCAUGAUGAUAAUCUAUAUUGACCGUCCUCGUUCAUGUCACCUUUAUUUUUUUGGACACACGCUUUUGUUAGAAACAUUACAGUAAUUUACUGUCACUUUGGGGUACAUGCAACAUAUCUUUUGUUAGCUUCUGCACGGUUAUGUCAUGGUUUAUUUGCAACCCGAGAUAAAAUAAGACACAAUCUCGCAUUGUUAUACUGUAAGUCAUCUGUAUUAUUAAAUGCCCCCAACUGUUGUCUGAAUUAGCAUAAAACCCUCUAGUGGCCCAAUGGCAGACCAUGACAAGUUAAUCCUUUAAUCCUUAACCCAAAAAAGAAAAUUCAUUCAUCAUUCCAAACCUGUUUACCUUCUGCAGAACACAACAGGAGAUAUUUCAAUGAAUGUUGGUAAACAACUUUGAUGUUCAUUGAUUUCCAUUUGGCACAAAACCACUGAGACAUCUUUCAAAAUAUCUUCUUUUGUGUUUUGCAGAAGAUAAAGUCAUAUGCAGGUUUUGAUUGAAAUGAGGGUGAAAAAUGAUGACAGAAUUUUUGGAUGACAUAUGGAUGACUGCUCAUCCAUGUGUUCGAUUGUGCAUCAGCUCAUUGCUACUAAUCUACAGUUUUACAAAGAAGGAAAAAAUAACAAACCGAGACUCAAAAUAGCUGUUGUGAGCUUGUGCAGAUAAAUGGCUUAAAGGGAUAGUUCUCCCAAAAAUGAAAAUUCUAUCAUAAUUUAGUCAUCCUUAUGUUACCUGUAUAAAUUCCUUUGUUCCGAUGAACACAGAGAAAGAUAUUUGGAAGAAUGUUAGUAAUUUUCAGUUCCGGGACAUCAUUGACUACCAUAGUAGGAAGAAUUAAAUGGUAGUCAAAGGUGCCUGAGAACUCUUUGUUUUCCUAAAUUCUUCAAAAUAUCUCAUUAUGCGUUCAACAGAAUAAAAGUAGUUUUCCUACUAGGAUAGUGGAUGAUGUUCCAGAACUGAAAAUUACUAAAAUUCUUCCAAAUAUCUUUCUCUGUGUUCAUUGGAACAAAGAAAUAUAUACAGGUUUGAAACAACUUGAGGGUGAGUAAAUGAUGACAGAUUUUUCAUUUUUGGGUGAACUGUCCCUUUAGGUGAUUUUUAGAAUUCCAGACAGAGAAUGAACCAAGCUGUUUAUUUGCAUUGCAUUGAAUACUGUAUGUGAAAGGGUUAUUAAUAGUCAUGUGAAAUUCUGUUCAUAUAUUAUUGUCAGCCUGCCAAAUUGACUGUUUAAUCACCUGUCUGUUCCUCUAUUAAAUGUGUUUAUGUCUUAACUA